CCUGGGACGGCAAGCAGCCCCUGCAUCUGCGCAUGUGCAAUGCUGCGAGCGCGCCGGUGGCCGCCCUUCCCCCCACCUCCCGCCGCGAGUGGGUGACAGGGCUCCGGUCUCCACGCGUUUUAGCUGCCCCGCGCCGUGACCCGGCCUGGCACUGAGCCACGAGCGGGGGCUGUGCCCCUCCAGUUCUGCCUUCAUAGUUCUCUGCCUUUACCCAAAAGCUGCAGAAAAUGAACAAAUCCCAGGGAUCAGUUUCAUUCACGGAUGUGACUGUGGACUUCACCCAGGAGGAAUGGGAGCAACUGGACCCCUCUCAGAGGAUCCUCUACAUGGACGUGAUGCUGGAGAAUUACAGCAACUUACUAUCAGUGGAGGUAUGGAAGGCUGAUGACCAGAUGGAGAGGGACCACAGAAACCCAGAUGAGCAGGCAAGGCCAUUUAUAAUCUUUAAGAACCAAACCCCAAUUGAAGAAAGAGAUAAUCUCUUUGGAAAAACAUUUAAUCUUAGCACAGACUUUGUUUCUUUAAGACAAGUACCCUAUAAAUAUGACUUAUAUGAAAAAACUUUGAGAUAUAAUUCAGACUUACUUACUAGCGAUAGAAGCUAUAUAAGAAAGAAAGACGACGACUGUAACGGAUUUGGAAAAGCACUCCUCUAUCUGAAGCAAGAGAAAACCCAUACUGGAGUGGAAUACUCUGAAUAUAAUAGAAGUGGAAAAGCCUUCAGCCAUAAAGAAGGCAUUUUUAAACACCAGAAAAUCAGAAAUUUGGUGCAACCUUUUAUCUGUAAUUAUUGUGACAAGGCGUUCUCAUUUAAAUCACUCCUUAUUAGUCAUAAGAGAAUACAUACUGGAGAAAAACCUUAUGAAUGUAAUGUGUGUAAGAAAACCUUCUCCCAUAAGGCAAACCUCAUUAAACAUCAGAGAAUCCAUACUGGGGAGAAACCCUUUGAAUGUCUUGAAUGUGGAAAAGCUUUCACCCACCAGUCAAACCUCAUUGUACACCAGCGAGCACAUAUGGAGAAGAAGCCCUACGAAUGCAGUGAAUGUGGCAAGACCUUUGCCCAGAAAUUUGAACUUACCACACACCAGAGAAUUCAUACUGGAGAACGACCCUAUGAGUGUAAUGAAUGCGCCAAAACCUUCUUCAAGAAAUCAAACCUCAUUAUACACCAGAAAAUUCACACAGGGGAGAAACGCUAUGAGUGCAGUGAAUGUGGAAAAUCCUUUAUCCAGAACUCACAACUCAUUAUACAUAUGAGAACUCAUACUGGAGAAAAACCCUAUGAAUGUACUGAAUGCGGCAAAACAUUCAGCCAGAGGUCAACUCUUAGAUUACAUUUGCGAAUCCACACAGGAGAGAAACCAUAUGAGUGUUCUGAAUGUGGGAAGGCCUUCAGCAGGAAGUCCCGACUCAGUGUCCAUCAGAGGGUUCAUACCGGGGAUAAACCCUGAGACUGCAGCCAGGUUGUACUGUGGAGAACCCUUCCAAUGGGGAGAAGCCUCGCGAAGAUGCUGAAGGAACAUGGGAACUCAUACUGAGAUACAAUCUGUCAACUCAAAAAUGUAUAAAAAUGAGGUCCCCUAAGAACAAUAUUGUACUGAUUGAUAGGUAUAUGAUACCCAACUAAAGAAUACAUAUCAGAAUAUAUCCAAUUGUACAUAGACGUACUUAGCUGUAUUACAGUGAGUUUUUAAAAAUCUUGAAUAAUUCAUUCAAUAAUGAAAUAUUCUGGCAGCAAGCAGCAUAAAGGAGCUAGAGACAGUACCCUAGGAAUUCAGUGGUUAUGUGUGAGAAUAUGCCACAAAAAAAAACAACUAUAUUUUAGAUCUGCACAUGUAAAUUUAACAGACACUAAGAGUUUGAAAUUCUUGUCUUGAUAAUCAAAUUAGGACACGUCAAACAUGAUUUUCCAUACUGAACAUGUGUUUUUCAGUACCUUUACAAUCCAGUAUGCAUUCCAAAUGAAACACAUAACACAUUUUCAUAUCAUGUAGCGUAUGUUUUCUCCCCCUCCUUGCUGGCAUAUAUAAGUUGGUAUGACCAUUGUUAUUGAGCUGCCUCUUCAGUCAACAGAAGACAAUGUUGUUGAAGUUUUAACCUUCUGGGUUUGCUGAAGAUGUCCUAGAAGUAUUAUUGACAUAAAUAUGCAAGUGUGAGAUAAUUAAGAGAGAGAGAUUGGAGAGAGUGAAAGGCAGCAGAUGUGGGUUUUAUCACUCACUGUGCACCACGGAAUAAAUGGGCUGUGUAAAGAAUAACCACACCCAUCAUGCUCUUGUUAUUUUCCACUGGGAUAUUUACAUACAAAUGCAAAUGCAUGUCUUUUACCAAAAUAUUGUAUAACCCAGAAACUACAUGUAUUUUUGGGUGUUUCCCUAUUUCUCUUAAUGUUUUAUAAAUUGUCUUGCAAAAAAUAGGAUGCAUAUGUAGUUCAAGUGUUAAA